GUGACGCAUUUGUUUGAGUAGGUAUAUUUGCUGGGUAUAGUCGCGCGCCUUCUUGAUCCCGCUCUGCAAUGCCCGCCUAUGCUUCAAUCCACUGCUUGACAGCAUGCUCGUAGCUUCACUAAUUUGAUGGCCGCCAUAUCUCAGCCCGCCAGAAGAACCUUAUUGCUCCCCCGCCUCAAAGCCCUCGUCACUCUUCAGAAGUUUAAUGAAACAUUAGCUGGAGAUGGAGUCCAGCUUGAGUCCACUACAGAUAGGGCUGCUGACUCCAACUUUCAGCCGGAUAAGUGCCAAAAUGAAUUUUCGAACUGGAGGAAGCUGGACGCAAGGAGCUUUGGGAUAACUGGAUCGAAGAUAUCAUCUUCUUCUUGGAUUGUUUUGAAUGUUCUCAAAAAGAAAGGGUUCAAAGCUUACUUAGUUGGUGGAUGUGUAAGGGAUUUAAUACUUAACAGAAUACCAAAAGAUUUUGAUGUGAUUACAACAGCACGGCUUAAUCAGAUAAAGAAGCAGUUUCAUCGAGCUGAAAUUGUUGGUCGGCGAUUUCCUAUAUGCAGGGUGCAUAUAAGAGGUUCCAUAGUUGAGGUAUCCAGUUUUGACACUGUGGCAAAUAAAGGUGAUGAAACUAAAAGAAAGAAUUCUUUUGUUCCUAGAAUGCCAAAGGGAUGUAACGAGAAUGAUGUCAUUUGCUGGAGGAAUUCCUUGCACAGAGACUUCACUAUAAACAGCUUGUUUUAUGAUCCCUUUGUCUAUCAAAUCUAUGAUUAUGCAAAUGCUAUGGCAGAUAUAAAGUCCCAGAAGCUACGAACAUUAAUACCUGCUCAGCUGUCAUUUGAAGAGGAUUGUGCAAGAAUAUUGCGGGGUUUGAGACUUGCAGCUCGUCUUAAAUUUUCGUUCUCAAUGGAAAUUGAGACUGCUAUAAGGAAACUGUCACCGUCCGUCAUGAGUCUAGACAAGUCCAGAUUAAUGAUGGAAAUCAAUUACAUGCUUUCUUAUGGGGCUGCUGUGCCCUCUCUUUGCUUGCUUCAGAGAUAUAACUUACUUGAGGGUCUGCUACCAUUUCAUGCAGCAUACCUUACUCAACAGGCCAACAAACAAUCCAGAGAUACUUCUAUGCUGAUGAAACUAUUUUCCAGUUUAGAUCAAUUGGUAUCUUGCGAGAGACCUGCUCGUGAGAGCUUGUGGGUUGCACUUCUGGCAUUUCAUCUAACAUUAGUCAAUAACCCCCAGCCCAAGUUCGUGGUCCUGACUUUAGCCUCUGUGAUGUAUCAUAGAAAGUGGAAACAAGGUGUUGAGUUUGCAAGACAACAUGUUAAAGCAGCAAGUUUAUAUGUACCUGAAAUUUCAGAUUCUGAUGGCUCCAUGUCAGAAGAUGAACUUGCUAAAAGAGUUGAGAAUAUGGCAGUACAAGUGAAUAUGCUGACUGAUGCAGACAACCUCCGGGAAGUGACAUCCAAGUUCUCAGGUUCUUCACACUCUGGUUUGGUCUUUGUAUCCAAUAAAACGGUAAAGAAGAUUGUUGAGGAGGUUUUUGGUAUCUUGACAAAUGAUGUUACAUCUCUCAAUGAAAAAAGAUGUAGCUUAAAGAUACAGAAUCCAUCACCUCAAAAAGGAACCGCCCACAAAAAAGAAAAUGGAAUCGCCCAUGAGACAAGGUAUCUCCUAAGCAAAAUAAUCUUGGAUACUUUGGGUUUAGGGGGGGUCAUCUUGGAAGAAGGUGAGAGCAAAAGGAGGAACAGUGAGUACGAUGAAAUUGAUGGCCUGCAGAAGGUGAAGGAAAAUUCCCAUUCACAAAUGGAGACGAAGCAAGAAGACUAUAAACUGUGUAACAUCUCACCGAUGGGAGGUGAAUUCGAACCAGCUAGAGCAAAGAAGCGGAAGUCUACUCACACAAGUGACAGUCUUUCAGAGGAAGGAGCAGUGACUAAGCAUAAGAAAUCUGCAGAUCAGCAGACUGCUUUCGACCAUUCAAAGUGUUUGCAAAAGGUGCACGAAAGUGCAACUAAGCAUAAGAAAUCUGUAGAUGAGUCUGAAUUUACACAGCAAGAAAGCAGUGAGGAAUUGGUAAAAAGAAAGCCUAAUUUGCACCGCAAAAGUUUGGGAGCCGAUGAUAAGGUUGAACAAAAGAAGAGCAAGAAGACCCUCUUCGAUCUUUUCAAGUGAGUUUAACUUUAGUUUCCUGUAUGUUAGAUGCCCAAAAUAGUAUCCUAAACAACUCUGAUGCUAGCUAAGCUAGAAAUUUUUGCCUUCUAGGUCAUUUGCAAUUAUUUGCAGUGUAGGCACAUUUCAAUGUUGGUUUUUGACAUUUUUGAAGAAUGAGGAUUGAACUUGAAAUUUCUUAGUUUUAA